UUGCUUAGACCGUUCAUCAUUUCAUGAAGCCAUUUCUGGUUAGCAUCGCUGCACAGUAGCAUAGCAGUCAUCGUCAACUGCAGUAGGAUACUAUGGCACAGGCAGCACAGGCAAAUGUCUUCGACGCAAACAACUCUCAGAUCCAGGUGGAGCACGAUAAGAAACGUCGGCAGUUUGUUAUAAGACUAAACGGAUCUCAUGAUCGUGCAGUUCUUCUGUAUGAGUAUGUUGGGAAGAAGACGGUGGACUUGCAACACACUGAAGUUCCAGAUGCUUACAGAGGGAGAGGGAUAGCCAAGCACCUGGCCAAGGCAGCCAUGGAUUUCGUGGUGGAAGAGGAUCUGAAAGCCCACCUGACCUGCUGGUACAUUCAGAAAUACGUCAAAGAGAAUCCGCAGCCUCAGUACUUUGAACAUAUUUAUCAAUGACUCUACGUGGCUCUGACGGAGAAGACAAGGAGAAAGAGACUCCCAGGGGAUAACUUCAUACUGUGUGGUAUCAUGCUUUUGGAGUUACAGGCUGUCUUACAACAAAGGACCUUCCAGGCAUUGUUGAACACGAUCUCACGGCAAAGACGUCCGUAAGCUUGAACGUUGGGUUUAAGGGUUGGUAAGACACUCACCUAAAACAGGAAGUGAAUCAGCUGGUCACCAUUUGUAAAAACAUAAGCAAAUAAACUAACCAAAGCUGAAGCCUGUUACCUCGGACAGAAACAUUCAGGAUGCAUCACUGACUGGAAACAAGGGUUAGGGGUGGCACGAGAACAGAAGCGAGUCAAAUCUUUUGUUGGAAAUUUCCUGUCCUCCUUUGGACUCACUGGUUGUGAGCAGCGCUGCAAGAUGGCCGGCCCAAGUGUCUUUUUCCAUGAUAGUUUCGAUGGAAGCGAUGAUGGCGUCACUGAUGCUCAAACAUGAUGACUUUUAUACUUCAACACCUUUUUGAUAUUCUUUGGAUUUGUUUUUAUUAUUAUUUUCAAUUUGGCUUUCUCCUCUUCUCUUAGAUUUAGUAUUUCUAGGACUAGAAUGCUUAUUUAGUAGACUGUAAAAGCUAAACACAUCUUUGAAACAUCUAGCUACUCAAAAGAGGUAUUUUUUUGUGAGUAAUUGCAAAGAGGUGUCGGCAGACAUUCAGUGGGUACUGGGUAUUGAAAAAAAUAUAAUCUGUAUUUUGAAGACAUUUAUUUCCCCAAACUUUCCAUUUGGUUCCAUUCACAUUCUUCCCAGAAAUGUACUCUAUUAUUAGUCAUACAUUGAUUAGUCAAAAGAACAGGGAUUUGUAAACCAAAGAACACAAACUGAGAAUGUCUAACUCAUCAUUUUCUCUAUUGUACGUGUUAAAUAUCACAGACACUUGUGAUAAAUUGGCUCUGAAGCUUGUCACUGUGGUACAACACUUCAGUGUGGAUAUGGAUAAAUAUCUCUGCUCAAACCACCAUUUCAAAAACAACACUGGGCAUUUACAUUGCUUGGUGUCCACUGUCCUUUGUUCUGUCUGUCAGUAUGAAGACACUGGGUGGCCGAAGCUCAUACUUUAGUUUUUUCUUGUCAUUUGAUCCGUUUUGGGCUUUUUUGUUUUUCUCGUACCCACACGGCAUCUUUCAACCUUUUGAUAUUAAAAUGAUAAAGGUCAUCAUUUGGUUCUUUAGGAGCUUUUGCUGUUGACAAUCUUCAUUGUUGAGGAGAAAAAUACCUCAGGUUACUCGACACACUCUGGCAGGACACACAUGCAAAGCAGACUCUCUUUAUCUGCUUUAAUCACUUAGAGGUAAUUGCAAGAAACCACUUUCCCUUUUGUAAAACAUUCCUUUAGGCGACACAAACCUAUUGAUAGGCCAUGGUAUUGUUUCAUUGUUUGUCUUUCUGUUUACAUUUGUGUUUUUUCUUCAAAGGAAACAAAUGCCUGAUUUAACAGUUUUGAGCAGGUGGCUCUACCAAAAUGUACCAAUUCUUGUUAUAUUGUUUCUGUGCUUGAGACUUUUUUCUAUUGUCUAUGAAUAAAUAAAACAAUACUCAUCACAUUAA